GAUGAGAUUACUUUCAAAAGUGACACUGUGCUGUCAGAUGUCCACCUGUAUACCCCCAACCAGAGACACCUCAUGGUGCGGCUGAAUGGCAUGGGACAGCCAGGCUGGCGAUGACAUCACCAUCCAGGAAGGGUUGGGUGUUCCCCUGGAUGAGGAUGGGGACCUGGAUGUGGUGCGAAGACCACGGGCUGCUUCUGACCCCAACCCAGCAGAGCCUGCAAGAGACAAGGUGCAUCCCAUGAUUCUAGCACAGGAGGAAGAUGACCUCAUGGGAGAUCGGGCACAUGAGAGCUGCCCCCACGACAUCAUCAAAAUAGAGCAUACCAUGGCCACGCCCCUAGAGGAUGUUGGCAAGCAGGUGUGGCGGGGUGCCCUGUUCCAGGCAGACUAUAUCCUGUUCCGAAGGGACCUCUUCCAGGGAUACACCGUGCUGGAGCUUGGGGCAGGCACAAGGCUUGCCAGCAUUGUGGCAGUCACCAUGGCACACACCGUUUACUGUACAGAUGUCGGCACAGACCUCCUGGCCAUGUGCCAACGAAACAUUGCCCUCAACAGCCACCUGGCUGCCACUAGAGAUGGUGUGAUUAAGGUCAAGGAACUGGACUGGCUGAAAGACGACCUCUGCACAGAUCCCAAAGUCCCCUUCAGCUGGUCCGAGGAAGACAUCAGUGACCUGUAUGAUCACACCACUGUGCUGUUUGCAGCUGAAGUGUUCUACGAGGAUGACUUAGCCGACGCCCUGUUUAACACGCUCUCCCGACUCGUCCACAGACUGAAAAAUGCCUGCACCGCCAUCCUGUCAGUGGAAAAAAGGUUCAACUUCACACUCAGACACUUGGACGUCACAUGUGAAGCCUAUGAUCACUUCCGUGCCUCCCUGGACUCCCUGGAGAAGCUGGCUGAUGGCAGGUUGCGCUUCACGGUGGAGCCUGUGGAGGCCUCCUUCCCGUAGCUGCUCCUCUACGAGCGCAUACGACAGCUGGAGCUCUGGAAGAUCAUAGUGGAACCAGCAGCAUGAGUCACCUCUGAAAGGUGUGACCCCUUACGGCUGUCAGUAUGUUUCAAAUAAAAACAAACGCUCUGUGAAAAAAC